AUUGAAUUUCGUUAAAAAUUUUCCGAAAACGAUUCAAUACAAUUUUCUCGUCGAUGAAAAGUCAGAGUGUGGACGUGUAAAGCCUGUUGUUCCGUCACCUCCACAGGGUGUCGCUUUCAGUCCCCGAACAAGGCCCACGGGACAGGUGUAAGACAACACGUUUCCAUUCACCACUGCGUGGUGUCGUCGAACGCAUCGCGCUCGCGUUCGUUUCCACCGCAAAACCUUUCCGAUACGUGAAAUGACGAACAGUGCGAAGAAAAUUAGCGAAAAUCGAAGUAGAAUUAGUGUCAUGUGAUGAGAGUAGAGGAAAGGAAAACUGGGACAGUGAAAAAUGUGAAUACUAUUGGUGAAACAAUAUUAUGCAAUUAUAUUUGCAGUUAAUUGAAUAGAUAAAUAUCAAGGGUAAAAAAAACUUAACAAAACAAGGUGAAAUAUUGUAGGAAAAGAAACGGUGAAGAAUGUGCAUUUUAUCGAUGAAAUGAUACUGUAAAUCGAGGAUCGGGUAAUUGGUGAGCUAAUUGGUGGAAGAAAUAAAUUGAGACCGUGAAAAUGGUUUUCUUCGGAAGAAAAGAGAAACUGGAAGAUCGUCGUCUGCUGGAGAGCAUCGACGCGAUGAACGGUGCAAAGAUAUAUCAAAUAGAAAACGCUGCCUUCAUGCACGUUCGCGACAACCUGGAGGAGUUGGGCAACGUGGCCGAUGAUACGGACCUGCUGUUCCUCAAGGGUCUGCUGGACAGUCCUGUUGUCACGUCUCUGGUCAAGGUGCAAGAGCGUCUGGAGGAUCCGCCGGUGCACGUGGAACCGGUAUGCUCGUCCGUUUGUGACAUCGUUGACGAGGUUUGCUACGUUCUCCGCUCCUGCAGGGACGAGAACGCUCGCGAGCUCGUUCGAUUGUUGAGGAGUUCUCACCUGAAGGCGCUUCUCGAGACCCACGACGCGGUUGUCGAACGAAAGGAAGCACCUCCGAAGCUCGAACCGUCGCCGACGACGAUGCCCACCAACGAGAGGACAGAGGCCGUCAGGAUGGUUGGCCUAAGACGACAACCCGACGAACCUUUGGGCUUAACGGUGCAAGUCGACGAAUCUGGUAAUUUGAUAAUCGCCAGGAUCCUCGGUGGUAGCACAGCAGCGCGUCAAGGAUUGUUGAGAACCGGCGAGGUGAUCCUCGAAGUGAACGGAAAGGAAGUUCAUAAUCCGGAGGAGCUUCAGGAAGCCAUUCACGAGGCGAAGGAGAAUCUGACGCUGAAAUUGGCCCCGGGUAUUGCGAGUGACGGCAAUCGACCUCUGAAAUCCACGUGUUACAUGAGAGCGUUGUUCGACUACGACCCCUCGGAGGACAGUCUGCUACCAUGCAGAGAGAUAGGACUUCCGUUCCAGAAGGGCGACGUGUUACAAAUCGUGGACCAAGCUGACCCGAAUUGGUGGCAAGCCCGUCGCGUGGAGGGCGAAGGUCUCAGUCAACCCGGUUUGAUCCCUUCGUUGGAACUCGAGGAACGUAGGAAGGCGUUCGUUCCGCCGGAAGCUGACUUCGUGCACAAGAUCAGCAUCUGCGGCACCAGGAUCUCGAAGAAGAAGAAGAGGAAGAUGUACCAGUCGAAAUCGAACGGCGAGUUCGACGGUGCUGAAUUGCUUUUGUACGAAGAAGUUGCCAGGAUGCCACCGUUCAGACGUAAAACACUGGCCUUCGUUGGUCCCAGAGGCGUUGGUCGAAGGACCCUGAAGAACAGGUUGAUAAACAGCGAUCCAGAGAAAUUCGGUACCAUCGUUCCGUUUACUUCGCGACCGCCAAGGGUGCUCGAAGAAGAUGGUAAAAGUUACUGGUUCACCGAACGGGAAAUGAUGGAAACCGAUAUCAGAGAGCACCGAUAUCUCGAAUACGGAGAACACGGGGGGCAUUUGUACGGUACGAAGCUCGAUUCUGUACGAGAAUUGAUAAGAGCUGGUAAAAUGUGCGUGCUGGACUGCAGCCCGGCUGCUCUGAAGAUCCUCCACAACAGCACGGAAUUCAUGCCGUAUGUGAUCUUCAUCGCAGCACCGGGAAUGGAACAGUUGAAGUGUUUGUACGACCUGGGAAGGUCUACCGGCGCGAGCAGUCGAAACUUGACGUUUGACCGCCAGAGUUCCAUCAGGUACAGCUCGAGAAGAGCCAGGACGCUGGAGUCCCUUGCUUCCUUAUACGAGGAGGACGAUCUGAAGUCGACGUUAGAGGAAUCGGCGGCUCUGCAACGUGCCUACGAGAAGUACAUCGACCUGGUGAUCGUGAACGAGGACUUUGACAAUACAUUCAGACAAGUUGUCGCCGCGUUGGACGCGUUAGCCACCGAGCACCAAUGGGUACCAGUGAACUGGAUCUACUGAACACGAUUCGCGCCAAAUCGUGUGGAGUUCAAAUAUCGCGACGGGAACUCGAUGUUCCGAUCGAAAAACGAAACCGCGUUUAAUAUCUGGGGAACACGCGCGAUGUCAACUCUUUGUAGACGUCGCAGAACGUGCUCGUCAGAAAUCGACCAUCGUCGAGCGUGUCGUUAUUACGUUUCCAUUCGUAUCAUUGUAUCGUCGUGCAAUAUACAGCAAUCUUGAGCUAUUGCUACAUGUAUCAUAAAGUUCUUUUAGCGUACAAGGACGCGCUCGACCCCGGUAAAACGGCUAUGCAAGGUAUUCUAUUUUAUUGAACGAACAGAAGGAGCUUAGUGAUUUUUAAAAAGGAUAAUGUAUCUUUUAUUUUGAGAAACACACGAACAACGAUGGUCGACAGAGGAAACUGUCCGGUGAAACGGCCUCGCGUUUCAGUGCGCCCUUUAUUCUAGCAAGUACAAUCGUAGCAUUUAUGUUCUAUCGUUUUAAGUUUACACAAGGAGCCGUUCUCUCUCCAAAUUUUCACUAACCAGAGGUAAACACAUUGUAACAAUGAAUCAGGUAGGAUCUUUAUAAUUUCAUCGGUGAUCCUUUCGUUACAUUCCCUCGAACAGCUCAAGGCCAACGAUGAAGAACGGGCUCGAUUAAUGUUGUAAGCGUUAAACACCGCCGUCCAAUUGCGUACUUUUUAUUAGAGUUAGCCGUCUAGGUUUUUCAUUUUCUUCGAACCACGAGCCUGUAAUCACGCGUAUACAUACAUUUCUUUAUUUUAUGAUAACACUUAUCGUAAGAAUGUACUUUUCGUUCUUUUAUUAAUAUAUUAUUGUGUACACUCGAGUGCAGCAUAGGCCUUAUUUAGUUAAGAGUGAGCGUAGGGGACUAAAGAAUGUGAAGAAAUCAGGGGAGUGAUAAAACACUCCUUCCCCUAAAAUUCUUUUUAAUUAAAAUUAGUCUAAAUUGCACGCGACUGUACUUCCGUUUGUAUCGCUCGUGCACGCUGAACGUAUUCCUGGCAUAGAGUGCCUUAUAAGCGCAAGCCUGCACCUCUUAAAUCGGCUUGCGGGUGAAGACCUACUAUGUCGAGACGAGAUUUUCUCUUAUGCUCGAGAGUUUUACGUAAGACACGUAUUUUCUAAUGAUCUGAAACACAUGUGCACGUGGAAACAUGAUGGGCACGUGGAAAUAAAGUUUAUCGAGCGUUUGUUA